AAAUAGGUAGCAGACAAAACAAUGUGAACGUGGGCCGGUUCAGUCUAUCGGCGCUAUUACUAUUAUACGGUUAUGUUACAACUUUAUCCCCAAAUUUUCUAUCCGUGUAUAUCUUCCAUGAAUGUUUGUAAUGAAGCCUAAACGAUCAACUUCCUGUUGAAACGAACUUAUAAACAAAUUAAGGCGUUAACGCCAAUUUCGCCGAUAUCGAAUGUCCUCAUUCCUCAUCCCGGGACAUUUCCCCGUCCACCUUUCAACGGAGGAAUGCAAUACCAAAUUCAUAUCUUGCAAGGUUCGGGAAUCUCUGAGGUUCGGAUGGCCAAAAGUGGGGAAAUGAAGUGGUAAAGCCUUCUGGUGGGGGCCUCGGAGGCGGAGGGGCGGCGGAGGCGGUUCGCACCCAUUCCGACCGAAGAAGGGGUCCGGACAACAUCCUCGACUCUUUCUGCCCCAGGAUGGUACCAAGGUAGUGGAGAAAUAUGGAAGAAAAUGAAGAAACGGUGAGGACGAAGGAAGAAGUGACAACAUGCCUCACACACUACAACCUAGACGACGGUUACGGCUCCUCCAACAGUUCACCCCACAGUUGUGUGCAGUCACAGUACUGCAGUGGGCAGAAGAAGAAGAAGGAGUUUCCAGCACUAGCACUAAAAACGGAAGACGAAAAACGAUCUUUGGAAGUACGGCUUAUUGAUGGAGUACUGAAGACUGAGGCAGUUGCUCCGGAUGGAGGAGCCAAUGCCGAAAGAGAGACAUGGGGAAGAGACGCAGAUUUUCUUCUAUCAAUUAUCGGUUUUGCCGUCGAUCUCGCCAAUGUCUGGAGGUUCCCUUACCUUUGUUAUCGAAAUGGUGGAGGGGCCUUUCUUAUUCCUUACACCCUGAUGCUUAUAUUCGGGGCAGUGCCGCUCUUCUACAUGGAAUUAGUCCUUGGCCAGUACAAUCGUCAAGGGCCGAUAACCGUCUGGCAGAUCUGCCCCAUAUUUAAAGGUGUUGGAGUUUGUGCAGUUGUCGUUGCCUUCUUCGUCUCAUUCUACUACAAUGUGAUAAUUGCUUGGGCACUGUACUUUUUCGUCGGUUCGAUGCACAAAGAGCUUCCUUGGCUUUUCUGCAAUAAUACUUGGAACUCUCCUGACUGCAUUUCCUACCAAGGCCCAGACAAUCAAACCAAAGAGAACUACACGAGAGAGGCUGAUAGAUCACCAGCAGCUGAAUAUUUUAGUCAAGGAGUUCUUGAAAUGCAUAAAAGUUCUGGUUUUGGAGAUCUGGGAUACCCAAAGUGGCAGCUGGCCCUCUGUCUUUUCUUUGUCUACAUAAUGUUGUAUUUAUCAUUGUUCAAAGGUGUCAAAUCAACAGGGAAAGUCGUCUGGGUAACUGCUACCCUGCCUUACGUAGUGCUUACAAUCCUCUUGAUCCGUGGCCUGAUGUUGCCAGGAGCUAUGACAGGCAUCAAGUACUAUUUACAGCCUGAAUUAUCAAAAUUGAGAGAGCCUCAGGUAUGGGUUGAUGCAGCUGUACAGAUAUUCUUCAGCGUUGGUGCAGGCUUUGGUGUACAUCUCAGCUAUGCAAGCUAUAAUAAUUUCAAAAACAACUGCUUCAAGGAUGCCAUAAUAACAUCAAUAGUCAACAGUUUUACAAGUUUUUUCUCAGGUUUUGUCAUCUUUACCUAUCUGGGAUUCAUGAGUCAGAAGCAUGGCAUACCUAUCAACGAUGUGGCAGAUGAAGGGCCAGGACUUGUUUUCCAAGUGUACCCAGAGGCUGUUGCAACCCUUCCAGGGUCACAUUUCUGGUCCCUCCUGUUCUUCUUUAUGCUAAUGAUGCUUGGUCUCGACAGUGGGAUGGGUGGGCUCGAGUGCGUGCUGACUGGACUCAUGGAUGAGUAUGGAAAGCGUUUUGGACGCACUAAGCAUCUUAGAGAAGGCUUCACAGCCAUAAUAGUCGGAAUAAGCUUCACAGUCGCUCUCAUCAAUACAACACCCGGGGGCAUCUACUUCUUUCAUAUGCUUGACACUUAUGCUGCUGGGCUUUCUCUUCUUUGUUCCGCUCUAUUCGAGGCCAUUGCCGUCUCUUGGUUCUAUGGUCUGGAGAGAUUCUGUCAAGAUGUACAAGACAUGAUUGGCUCAAAGCCAGGGAUCUAUUGGAGGAUCUGCUGGAAGUUUAUUUCGCCUUCAUUCCUUAUAGCAGUGAUCGUUUCAGGUUUAGUAAACCAUGAAACAUUAACAUAUGGCAACUACGUCUACCCGGUCUGGGCACAGGCCAUUGGGAUCGGAAUGGCCCUUACUUCAUUUUUAAUGAUUCCAGGUUUCGCCUGUUAUGAACUCAUGAAGACAAAAGGGACAAAUAGAGAGAAAAUGGCAUUGGGCAUUUCACCAAAAGUAGAACAUGAGCAUAUACGCACGACUGGGGAGGUGAGCAGGUUUCGCCUCCGCCACUGGCUUUAUAUAUAAAAUGUAUUUAUAAAAAUAACAUAAAAAAGUAGUAAAAAAGGAAGAGCAAUCGUAAAUUAAGAUAGAAUUUCAAAUAAGAAAAACAUAAAUUAGAAAAUUAUUAUUUGUUUAUAACAAAUGUAUAUAUUUAAAUUUUUGUAUACAGUACUGAACCAAAUUUGGGUGUACGUUUAAAUAGAGGUUUAGAUGUUUUUAUGAUUGAUCUACUGAACUCUUGAGAUGGGAAAAAUUGUAUUUUUCUCUUAAUUGUAUUUUGGCUAUUUCAGUAUUUCUGGUUCUAGUUUUGCUUCAGACAAGUUCAAAAAUGGUGCAAACAAAAAAUUCAAAUAAGUGACUAGGGCUCAAAUCAGCCAAAUAUUUGUUUGUUUAUUUAUUUAUUUGAAAUCAUUGUCUAACAUUUGAAACAAAUUGGGGCUUUCAGAUAAUUCCAUUAGUGACUAGUAAUCCAGCGUACAUGUAUUAAUUCAUUUUCUUCAUAAAUUUUAUUAAAUUAAACUCAAGCAAACCUGAUUAAAAAAAAAGUAUUUUUAUACUAUUUAUUCAAUCUUUAUUUCUUUAUGUACAAAAAUGUUAAACAAUUAUUAUUCAACUGGAGAAUAUUAUAAGCCCUCUUUCCUUAAACAAAAAUGUUUGUUAAAUAUAAUAAAUUUAACAUUUUUAGUAGAUUGUAGAAGUUUAUAGGCAAAAAUUGGUUAGUUAAUAAAAUUAUAGAAAGAUAUGAAUAUAUAAAAAUUUGUAUUGUGAUUUUUAUUGUAGGCAAGCAUGUGUCACAAUGUAAAUAUUUAUAGAAAAAAAAAAUGAUAGCGUUUAUAAAAUUAUUAACAAAAUAAUAACUCCAAAAAAACACAUAAAACCGAAAAAAAUAAAUAAAUAAACAAGGGAGCAUAUGUACUUACUGUUGGAAAAAUAGCAAGUAUAUUCUAAAGUACUAAAUGAAUGUAGCAUUAAAUUUGUUAGCCAUUUAUUAUACUAUAGAUAAGAGAAAAUGUCUGAAGAACAAAGUCCCAAUACUUAAAUGUUUCUUAUUGUACAAACAAAAAUAAUGUAAUUAUUUUUUUAACGUUAAAAUAAUUUGUUUAAAUUGUAAAUGGAUUGAAAUUGGUGUACAUUUAUUAGAAAUUUAUUUAGUUUUGUUUAGUGAGGACCAAAAUAGAGAGAAUAGUAUUUUAUAGUAAUUCUAUUUAUACUGGUAUAAAUAUAAAAAUAUAGAUAAGUAAACUGUUUUAAACAAUUUGUAAAAACAGCCAUUUUUCAAAUU